AUGUUGAGUAGAUUGCGGCCUGCUAUCUACUCUCCCCGAAAAGUACCUUUUACCCGACAAAUAUCCAAUUUUAAGGUCAUUGGACAUACAGUUCGAUGCCAGCAUAUACGAGAGCGUCCAGGCGCGGUCGAGCCCGGUCAUGAGCAUCGACUCAGGCUUGCGGUAAAACAGUACAUUCCAAAGGAUAACCCUCAUCCGCAGGAAGGCGACGUGACGAUUAUAGCAGGCCACGGAAAUGGCUUCCCAAAGGAAAUGUAUGAACCCUUGUGGGAUAAAAUAUAUGAACGAUUUCGUGCCGUCAAUCGACGAAUUCGGGGGAUCUGGAUUGCUGACGCUGCUCAUCAAGGCCAGAGUGGCGUAUUGAAUGAGUCCAUCUUGGGCGAUGACCCGAGUUGGUGGGAUCAUGGUCGUGAUCUCCUCUCCCUUAUUAAUCGACAUCAGGACGAGAUGCCGCAUCCCAUCGUGGGUAUUGCCCACAGUAUGGGCGGAAUGCAGCUGGCACACCUUUCGCUCAUGCAUCCGUCGCUUUUCCAGGCCCUUGUAUUAAUCGAACCAGUGAUCCAAAGAGGAAACCCGAGCAAAGAGUUCGCGCUUCCAUCCACGUACCGACGCGACUUAUGGCCGUCGCGAGAAGAAGCGUCCCAAAAAUUCCAGUCCAGCUCGUUCUACCAAAACUGGGAUCCCCGUGUCCUGGACAAAUGGGUUGAAUAUGGAUUACGGGAUACUCCCACGGAGCUCUACCCCCAAGGUGACGAAGAUGGACAACAACAAACAGUCACAUUGACCACCACGAAAGCCCAGGAACUGUUCACCUUCUUACGGCCAGCCUAUAUUGACAGGCGAUCUGGACUGCCUCGCGGAGAUCCACAUCGUGAGGUACACCCAGCUGAAAUCGAUGAUUAUCCGUUCUAUCGUCCGGAACCUGCGCAGAUGUUCCGUCGUCUCCCGGAUCUUAAGCCGAGUGUUUUGUACAUGUUUGGAGAGUCUUCGGUACUGUCCUCGCCCGUCGCACGGCAGGAGAAGAUGCAGACAACCGGUACAGGCAUCGGGGGUAGUGGUGGGUUUUCUCAGGGACGCGUGAAGGAGUUGGUCCUUCCGAGUGGCCAUUUGAUUCCCAUGGAUAGUGUUGCGGAUUGUGCUGCUGCGAGUACUGAUUUUAUCCACGCCGAGCUGUCAAGUUGGGAAUCGGCCAGGAAAGCACAACGGGAAGCUUGGGAGAGGAUCCCUCGCGUGGAGAGGGUCAGCAUUGAUGAACAGUGGAAAGAGCAUAUUGGGAAAUUACCAAAGAAGCGGAAGGGAUGA